CUUCUGACUGCCGGCAGCGUGAAUCAAAUCGGGAAAGCCUGGCCGAAGCCCCUGCUACACCUCGGAGGUCGUUUGAGCGCACCCUAAGCAUCUUAAAAGCACGAUGGAUCCUCGCAAGCCGCUGUCUUUGCUCGCAGCCCAGCGCUUCUUCGCCCUGGCGCUGCUGCUCACCGCCACCGGCACCUUCCUCGCCCUGGGCGGCAUCGCCUCAGCACAGGCCCUUUGCCACGACAAUAGCAUGGGAGAGUACUGGACGCCCGCCUACGCGGUCUUUGUGCAGCAGACCGAGGCUCUCAAGAAGUGGACCUGCACCUGGUGGCAGAUCGGCUUCUGGUGGGUCCUCGGCUGCCAGCUGUCCUUUGUCCUCUUCAUCUCCCUGGCCUGGUACAACGGAUUCCUCAUCCGACACGCCAUGCCCUUCUUUGCCCAUGGCGCCACCGCCUCUGCCCUCUCCGUGGUUGCCUGCCUGUCCCUGAUGGACAACGGCAGCUAUUAUGUGGGCUAUGUGCGCACGCUGGGUGCCAUCGCCUUUGCCGGGUUCGCCUUGGUGGGCCUGGCUAAUGGCAUUUUGGGCAUAGCCCUGGCUGAGCUGAUGUUCUCCAAGACGUGUGCGGCGGCAGCACGCAGCCCCGGCGACCUGGAGGCGCCGGCCCCUCAUGGCCCGAGGGAGGAUGCUGUGUCGAGCAGCUCCUUUGAGGCCCCCCCCUGCAGCGAGGGCCCCCUGGACAAGAACGACUCUGGCACCCUGGCCUGA